AUGGCGGACGGUGUUGACCACAUCGAUAUUUACGCCGAUGUAGAAGAGGAAUUUAAUCAGUGGACCACUGAUGAAGAUUUGACCGAUGCUAUUCGCUCAGUAGGCAUCAAUGAUUUGCUGGAGAUCAAGUUUUUUGAGAAUCGAGCAAAUGGCCAGUCAAAAGGGUUUGCUCUGGUCUGCGUGGGUUCAGACUCCUCAUCCAGGAAGCUGAUGGAUCUGCUGUCCAAACGGGAGCUGCACGGACAAAACCCGAUUGUCACCCCUUGCAACAAACAGUCGCUCAGCCAGUUUGAGAUGCAGUCGCGAAAAAGCACACAGUCCGGCCAGAUGUCGGGAGAGGGGAAGGCCGGGCCUCCAGGCUUAGGAUCUCGCAGUGGCUUCCCUCUUGGCAAGAAUCGAGGGCGCUUUCCCACCUCACCUGGCCCGGGAGGAGACCGCUUUCCUGGACCUGGUGGACCUGGUGGACCUCCACCACACUUCUCAGGUAUGCAAGGCCCCCUGCGUCCUCCCACAGGCCCACCUGGGCCUCCAGGACCCCCUGGCCCCCCUCCACCUGGACAAGGUCUGCUGCCGCCCCUCGGAGGUCCUCCUAACAGAGGAGACCGUCCUCCUCCACCCGUCAUGUUUCCUGGUCAGUUUGGUCAGCCUCCUAUGGGACCGAUGCCUCCUGGCCCGCCACCACCUGGAUACGGGCCUCCCCCAGGCCCCCCUCUACUUCAGCAGGGUCUGCCCCCUCCUGGACCCUUCCCUCCCCGUCCACCUGGGCCCUUAGGACCCCCGCUUGGCCUCGUGCCUCCACCUCACAUGCAGGGACCCCCGCCUGGAGGUCCACCGCCGGCCCCUCAUGUCAACCCAGCCUUCUUCCCACCGCCUGGAAACAACAACAUGCCAUCGUCCGACAGCAGGGGCCCACCCCCAGGUGACAUGUACGGCCGCCCUCCUCCAUAUGACAGAGAAUAUGGCCCUGGCGGCAGGGACAUGGAUUCAUCUCGCACUCCUCUGAGCGAAGCUGAGUUUGAGGAGAUCAUGAAUCGUAACAGAGCGAUCUCCAGCAGUGCUAUCUCGAGGGCCGUGUCAGACGCAAGCGCAGCUGAUUACGGCAGUGCUAUAGAGACUCUGGUGACGGCCAUUUCUCUGAUCAAGCAGUCGAAGGUUUCUGCUGAUGACCGCUGUAAAGUUCUCAUCAGCUCACUUCAGGACUGCUUGCAUGGAAUCGAGUCCAAAUCCUAUGGCUCUGCAUCAAGCAGACGGGAGCGGUCCAGGGAGAGGGACCACAGCCGCUCGAGUGAGAAGCGUCACCGCAAGUCUCGCAGCCGAGAUCGACGCGAGGACUAUUACAGGGAGCGCAGCCGCGAGAGAGACCGCCAUCGUGACCGUGACCGCGAGAGAGACCGAGAACGUGAGCGGGAGUAUCGCCGUUAGUUGGAGAGGAAGGUGUGUAUCCUGUUUGUCGCUGUCUUUCUCCCCUUUUCUUUCAGGAUUCAGAUGUACAUGCUAUUGCAGAGGUCGGGAUCACAGGUAUGUGAUCAGAAAAGGUGAGUCCCGGAACCUAUACAAGUACUGUCAUUUUUUUUUCUCUACAGCUAAUCAAUUUUUUUUUCUUUUCAUUUUACGUAUGUAGCGUGAUCUGAGUACUCUGAUAUUUAAAGCAUGUGUACCUGGUCUUGAAGCCGUUCAAUGUGCAAUAUCAGCUCCAGCAACCACAAACUGUUCCGCAAUUGUGUUGAUGAUAUCCAGUUUGUCUUUGAAAGGAUUUUAUGUGUAUUGCAACCUUUUAUUUAAAAAAAAUCGAUUUGCAUUUUAAAAUGCAAGUUACUGCACUUAUUUGUCCGUUUAACUGAGAUUUGCUGCUAGUUUUUAGACCAUGCCAAUUUUGUCUUCAUGUGAGGUCAAACAAAUUUUCCCUUAUCAUAUUUUGUCUAAUUGACAAUGUUUGCCAAAAAUUGAAAUUCAGGAUGCAUUUCAUGUCUUUAGAGUUGUGGUUAUGAAAUAUAAACUCAACCUGUGACCAUAAAUGUGUAGAAAUUGGUUGUAGUUGGAUGAGAGAAAAUGAAUGUUUUUUUAUCCCGUAUUGAAAUGAGCAAAAUCAUGUUUCUCAGAUUGUGCAUUGACAUUCCUGUAGACAGAUUUGUUGUUGACAUAAUAAUGGUUGUUCUAGUGUUUAGUUCCUCAUUGAUUUAUGAAAAGCAAAUGAAUGGAGUCAAAUUGAUCUGCUUUGGCAUUUAAAAACAUGAAGCUGUAGUCUUCUGUCAGGUUGAGUUGUCAUGGUGUAGGCAAAUUCAGAUUGUUUUGUGUGUUACGGUUUAGUCUUGAGCACAUCUGUACAGUAUAAUUUAAGAAAACACAUUCUGAAUGUCCUCUGUCAGAGCAAGUUAAAUUUAUUUUUACUGUGAAGGGUCAUUUUGUACAUCCUAGUAUUUCAGAGUCAUUUGCAGGUUUUUAGUAGCUACU